CCCUCCCCACCUCCUCCCUCCUGCGUCCUUUCCUUCUUCACCCCGGGCUGGGGCUCAGGCCCCCAGUCUGUCCAAAGAUGGCGCUGAGGGCGGUGUCGACGCUGAAGCGGGGGCUCUGCGGCCCGGGCCCGGGGCUCCUUCGCUCAGGAACCUUUCUUCUCUGUGCUACUCAACACAGACUGGAAAAAAUGCCAAGUUCCAUAGGCUUUCCUGCAACAUCAAGAAGACUGUUGAGUAACCACCUAAUCCUAGUGGAUGUGGAUCAAACUCUUGGAGUUGCUACAAUCAGGUUGAAGAAUCCCCCCGUGAACAGCUUAAGUCUGGAAUUGCUAACAGAAUUUAUAAUAAACUGGGAGAAACUGGAAAAUGAUAAAAGUUGCAGAGGUGUCAUCUUAACAUCCGACAGCCCCAGAAUCUUCUCUGCUGGCCUGAAUAUCGUUGAUAUGUGUGGAAAGAACGCAGCACACUAUGCUGAGUACUGGAAAGCGGUCCAAGAAAUGUGGCUGAAGCUGUACAUGUCCAACAUGGUGGUGAUAGCAGCAAUCAAUGGAGCAAGCCCUGCCGGAGGCUGCCUGAUUUCCUUAGCUUCGGACUAUCGAGUCAUGGCUGACAAUCCCAAGUACACCAUUGGUCUGAAUGAAACGCUGCUGGGCAUCGUGGCACCCUUCUGGUUUAAAGAUACCCUCGUUAACACGAUCGGGAACAGAGCUUCAGAGAUUGCCCUUCAGCGGGGGUUGCUCUUCUCUCCGGCUGAUGCCCUCAGAAUAGGUAUGGUGGAUCAGAUUGUGCCAGAAGACAAGGUGCACAGCACAGCUUUCAGUGUGAUGUCCGAGUGGCUGGUGAUCCCAGAUCAUGCUCGGCAGCUUACCAAAACCAUGAUGAGAAAACCUACUGCUGACCGGCUGUUGAAACAACGAGAAUCAGAUAUUCAGAACUUUGUCAGCUUUAUAUCCAGAGACUCCAUCCAGAAGUCUCUUCAUAUGUAUUUACAAUUUCUUAAAGAACGAAAAUCAUAAAUGUUUAGGCUUCUGACACAGAUGUCUAACUGGGGACACUGAAGCAAAGCCAUGUGGAGACCUAUGGGCCUUUCUUUGGGUAGCUGUAGAUUUUUAAAACAGGAUUUUUCAAGAGAAAAUUCAAUUUAAUUAUUUGUUCUUAGUUUGUUGAUCUUUUCAGAAGAUCCCAUCCCCUUUAUCCUCAUAUGCCAAAGGUAUCCUUCUCUCUUCCCAUCACUGCUUUUUGUCCCGUCUCCCUCACCCCAUCCCACAUGCACCUUGAAAGUGCUUGGGUAGGUUGGUUCUCAAGAGACUUGGCCAAUGAUGUGGAAAGGAAGUCUUGUGUUCCUGAGCAGCACUUUACCUGGGAAUCAUGAGUAGUGGGCUUAUAGGAACUUGGAAAUAGAACUCCUUUGCUAAGGGUCCUCCUUUGCUCAAAGAGAAUUGUGAAUGAAAGUCCUAAGAUUUUUUGCUCCCCAGCCUCAGGGCUGCCUGGUUGCUAGUCGUGGGAAGCAGUUCUACAGGUAACCAGUGAUCUGCAAGGAGCACCUCCCCACUCCCUUCAGACUCAGGGUGGAAAUAGGUUUUCCACAUGAACAAGAUUUUUCAAAUAAAGAACUUUUCGGGA